GUGGAGAUUCCAGAUUUGACAUUCCACAUUACUGCCACCUCUUGGGCACCUGAUCCUCCUCUGAACUUCUCUACUACAGCUGUUCUCUUGGCAGCAUGGAUGGGGAGGAAGAUGAGUUGUCUCUGCUGACAGCACUGCUGGAGGAGAAUGAGUCAGCCUUGGCUUGUGAUUUAGAAGAGAGUAACCCCUUGCUCCAGGAAGACGGCAAACCUGACGUAUUUGAUGAGCUCUUUGAUGCUGAUGGUGACGGUGAAUCAUACACGGAAGAGGCUGAUGAUGGAGAAGUGGGAAAGACUGAAGACCAAAAGGAAAAUAUGGCCACUCUCUUUGGAGACAUGGGAGAUUUAACAGAUGAAGAAGUUCCUACUUUGCAGUCAACUGAAGAUAGAGUCCUCUCUACCCCGGCUCCCAGUCAAGGGAAAACUAAUCAAGAGUUGCAAGAUGAAUUAAGGAAGUUGCAAGAGCAAAUGAAGUCCUUACAAGAACAGCUAAAAGUAGCGACAAUUAAACAGCCUCCAAGUCCAGCCCUUCAUAAAUCCCCUGUAGGUAAGUCUCCCCGUGCCCUUCUCAAGGAGAAGAAAGUUCAGAGAAUUCAGGAGUCACCAUGCUUUUCUGCAGAGCUUGAUGUCCCUACUCUACCAAAACGCAAGCGGGUCGCUCGGACGCCAAAGGUUUCACCUGCAGAGCCCAAAAUCUCAUCUGCAUGGACAAGUACAUCCUCCCAACCACUCCGAACUACUCCUGGGAAUACACCUGGUAGAACGAGUAGAAACCAGAGUUCAGGGACCCCCGGGAGUUCUGGGGAGAUGGCUCAGAUGGUGGUCUCUGUGGAAACCUUCUCUGGCCUGAGGCUCAGGCGGCCUCGGGUGUCCUCCACAGAAAUGAACAAGAAAAUGACUGGCCGAAAACUGAUCAGAUUGUCUCAGCUCAAGGAAAAGAUGGCAAGUGAGAAGCUGGAAGAUACAGACUGGGUGACUUUUGCAGUAAUAGUGAAGAAAAUCACCCCCCAGAGUUGUAACAGUGGGAAAACAUUUAGUAUUUGGAGACUGAAUGAUCUUCGUGACCUGACACAGUAUGUGUCAUUGUUCUUGUUUGGAGAAGUGCACAAAGAACUCUGGAAGACUGAGCAGGGUACUGUCAUAGGGCUGCUCAAUGCUAACCCCAUGAAGCCUAAGGAUGGUUCAGAGGAGGUGUGCUUAUCUAUUGAUCAUCCUCAGAAGGUCCUGAUUAUGGGUGAAGCUCUUGACCUGGGGACCUGUAAAGCAAAGAAGAAGAAUGGAGAGCCGUGUACACAAAUCAUUAAUUUGAAUGACUGUGAGUACUGCCAGUAUCACAUCCAGGCUCAGUACAAGAAGCUUAGUGCCAAGCGAUCCGACUUGCAGUCCACCUUUUCUGGAGGACGAAUUCCUAAGACGUUUGCCCGAAAAGGCACCAGUCUGAGAGAACGGCUCUGUCAGGAUGGUUUUUACUAUGGAGGUGUUUCUUCUGCAUCAUAUGCAGCCUCAAUUGCAGCUGCUAUUGCUCCUAAAAAGAAGAUUCAGACCACUUUGACUAAUCUGGUUGUUAAGGGCACAGACUUGAUCAUUCGGGAAACUCAACAAAAACUCGGAAUACCCCAGAAGAGCUUGUCUUGCUCUGAGGAAUUCAGGGAACUGAUGGACUUGCCUACAUUUGGAGCCAGGAACUUGAAACAUUUAGCCAAAGCCAAGUCUUCAGGCAUCCUGGGGAGCCCAAAGCCCACUUUCCAGUCAAUCUCAGCUUCAGCCCUCUUGAAGCAACAGAAGCAGCAGGUAUUGGAGAUGAGGAAAAAGAAGUCAGAAGAAAUGCAGAAACGAUUUCUCCGAUGCUCAAGUGAGACCCAGAGCCUCUCAAAUGCAUCCUCUUCUCAAAGGCCCCCUACCCGGUCUCUGCAAGUAGGGGCCAAGUUCCCCAGGCUGCAGGGGGCUCCAGCCACACAGAUGCCCAAGCUUGGGCGAGGCAUCUCAGAAGGAGGUGAUGUUCUCUUUUUUGAUGAGUCACCUCCACCGAGACCAAAACUGAAUGCUUUAGCAGAAGCCAAAAAGUUAGCUGCUAUAACCAAAUUAAGGGCAAAAGGCCAGAUUCUUACAAAAACAGACCCAAACAGCAUGAAAAAGAAGCAGAAGGAUGCCGAGGGUUUCCUGGAAGUGAAGGAACGUGUAGAAAAGAACAACGCAUUUUCUCCUGGAGCUGAGGAUGACUUGGAGCCUGCCAGGAAAAAAAGGAGAGAACGACUUGCCUACCUGGAAUCUGAAGAAUUUCAGAAGAUUCUAAAAGCAAAAUCGAAGCACACAGGGAUCCUAAAAGAGGCUGAGGCUGAGCUGCAGGAACACUAUUUUGAGCCUCUGGUAGAAAAAGAACAAAUGGAAGAAAAGAUGAGAAACAUCCGAGAAGUGAAAUGUCGAGUAGUGACAUGCAAGACCUGCGCCUACACCCACUUCAAGCCUUUGGAGACCUGUGUUGGCGAGCAGCACAACUACCACUGGCAUGACGGUAUUAAGAGGUUUUUCAAGUGUCCCUGUGGAAACAGAAGCAUCUCCCUUGACAGGCUCCCCAGAAAGCACUGCAGUAAUUGUGGCCUCUUCAAAUGGGAACGGGAUGGAAUGCUAAAGGAAAAGACAGGUCCAAAAUUAGGAGGAGAAACCCUGUUACCGAGAGGAGAGGAACAUGCCAAAUUUCUGAAUAGCCUUAAAUAGCCCUGACUUCAAACAGGCACCCACAACCUCAUUGCUUCCUGUGGCUCUGGAAAAGCAAAGAUAUAGGCUUGAAUUGCUCGAGUUCCUAAUGGACACAAUCAAAACAAAUACUUGUGAAACCUACAAGCUUUCCCUACUUACUUUGAUCUAUUAUGUUCAUUUGAUACCGAAUUUAACAUUGAUCUUUAAGUGGAAAAUCAAGAUACCAUUGUCUUUUCUUAUUACUGGUGGCUGCCCCCAAACUGGAAGGUAAAUCAAGAGCUGUGUUUCUGUAUUGCUGGGUUAUAGAGUAUGCAGGGUUGCUUCUUUAAUAAGGUUCUAGUACUUACAUGUAUGGACAUCCAGAGGCAGAAGAAUUAAUUUAGCUCACCCCAGGUAAGUUACGAAGCUUCUGGGCUUCAGUUUUCUUAUCUGGAAAAUGAGGAAAGUUGGACUAAAUGAUCUUGAAAUGUAUUAUUUAGUACUCAAAUUCUAUAAAUGUAACUUCUGUCCACCUAGAUAAUUAGGAUCAUUGCCCUUAAUAUAGUCUUGAUAUUAAGUCAGGUUCCUUCUUUUGGUUCUUUUAUCUCCAUUUGUUCUUUGAAAUUAAGUCACUGAACCACUUGGCAUUUUGGUUCAUAUCUAUAUGCUGAUUUCUGUGUUCCCUUACAAUACUGUGGAGCUCUGUAAUGUGAACACCUAGUCUCAAGAUUUUAAAAUAUGGCUUAAAGAAACUAUGAAACCUCUAACCAAAAUGAACGCAACAUUUGAGAAGCUAUGAAGCAUGACUGGAAAACAGACCUUCUGUAAAGAUAGAAUCCCAUGGAAUUUGGGAUUUACAGAUGUACAUUAUUAUACACCUUGAGAAUUGCAGGUCCAACCCCAAGCAAAUUACCACCAAAACAUUCCAUUUGAGAGCCUCCUAUGUCAGGGCAAUGUGACUCUCCAAAUAGCAUUUGUUUUAAGUGAAUGCUGAUAACUACCUAAAGACUGGGUAAAUCGGUAGGAUUAUUAUAUUGGGAUUUAAAUUCUAACUAGAAAUAGAUUAGGUUUCCCCUAAGAUAGUAUUAUGGUAGCAAUAUAACACUUAUGAGAAGUGGUUAUGGAAGGUGUUUGAUUUAGGUUUCCAAGAGCAAGAAAUAAAAUUCACAUGCUCUAGUUUUCAUCCACCUCUGCUCUGGGGGAAGGUGCUGUAUCUGACCCUUGUGUCUUUCCUAAGGUCAUAUCCUAAUAACUUUAUUUUUAAGAGUAUUUCACUUUCUAGUAGAUUUUGUUUUGUUUUUAUUUUUACCUUAUGAAGAAAGAAAUCAAAUGUUUAAUUCUUAGUAGGAACUUUAAUAUUUUUAAUGGCUCAUUUAGAGUAGGUGUAUUUGUCUGAUAAACUUAAAACAAGAGUGUUUGAAGUAGGUCAUGACUGAGCAGCUGCCAAGGCCUUGAACUCCAGGUUGCGUUUGAACGUUCCCAUUCCUAUAUAAGAAACACAUUCUUGUUUGAAUCACAGGCAUCAUCAGAGUCCAUACCCAUGUGUAUAGAAUUAGUGUACUACUCUUGUAAAGGUUGAUGGUGGGCUAAAUUUUGAUGCCUUCCUCUUUUAAAAUUUGGUUAAAAAUUUUUUUAAGUAAUGUAAAAACAUAACUGAGUUACUUUUUGGUUACUCUAAAUUUUGGGGGGCUUAACAUUUGAGGUGCUUUGUAUGUAUGCUUUCUUUCUUAGAAUAUUCAAGGAUGAGAAGGGAUAGGUGGGCCAGAAGGGGGACUUAAUUGUUUGCAUUAGAAAUAUGAUUUAUUUAUCAGCGAGAUCAGUCUUUUGAUCCUAUCUUCUUUAUUAAUGUGUAUUAAAUGCUUUCAUAUAACUCCAUAAUGUGUAUUUAAUUUUUUCUUAUGCUGGCAUUGGCAGUAUAAGGCUUAUUAUAAUCACAGGCCAGCAGAACAGGUUAUGCAUACAAUUCACAGUGAUCUAAAUUAGCAAAGGCUGGCUGGCUCUGUCCUUUGUGGGGAACCUAGUUGAUCUGAACUGAUCUUCAUAAUAGAUUUUUUUUCUGUGGUUUUUUCUAUUUAGAGGUGAAAAGUGGCGUUUUAAAGAAAAUCACCUUUCUCUUGAGUUUUGUUAAAAUAUAUUUUCCCUUUCCAAAGAAGACAAGGAAAGCUGAAGUAAUUAAGAUAACAAUAAUCCAGAAUAGCAAAUAAGAAACUUCUGAAUGGUUGAUAUGGAAUCUUCUCCAAAAGUAACUUAAAAUGUUACAAGUUGACAUAUAGCAAAGAUGACAGGAAGAGAUUGCAUGAAUUGGGUUUUUGUGUAAAAGUUGGUGAUGAUAGAAGUAAAGCUUGAUGUUUAUAACAGAUUAAAUACAUCUGAUAACAUUAAUUUUUAAAAAUCAGGAGAGUGCAUUUGUGGAGUAUAACAAUGAAGCAAAACUGAAGGAACAAAACAGCAGCAGACUCACAAACUCCAAGAAGGGACUACUGGUGA